AUGAGACUUGUCACUUUAAACUUUGCACUUUCGAAUUUAGAUCUUUCGGAACUGGACUUUUCGCGGAUACUUCUACGCGGAGGGUACGCGAGAUUUAUAAAAAUCCCUUUUCGCUGCCACCAAUUGUUACGCGGAGGUGGGAAAAAAAAAGCAACAAAGGGGACUACUAUUUCUAAAGGGCAAAAGGGUUUUGGAGAAACAUGCGGAAAGCAUAAGAGUAAUGUUAAAGUUGAUGAGAACACAGACAGUUCAACAAUUAAACAUUUGGCACUUAUUGUAAGAACUGCAGUUGAUUUUCAUGUUGAAGAUAGACUCCUAUCUUUAAUACCAGACAUUGAUGGUACGGCUACAGCCUUAUAUGUAUAA